AUGGCUGCUUCAAGAAGACUUUCAUUUAGUAUGCCAACCAAUGGCAGACCCAAAAAUAAAUCAAUGGAUGAAUCAAUCUCCGAAUUAAAAGACGUUUAUCAAACAAUUAGAUACGAUUGGCCACAAAUAUUAGACGAACAUGCAAAUCCAAUAGAUACUGCUAUUUCAUUAUUAGAUGAUUCUUCAGUUGGUCUAGCUCAUAGAUUGGAAGAUUUUAGAUUAUUGAAAUCUAAAACUGAGUUAGCAUUACGUCAUGUUGUAAAUGAACAUCAUGAAUUAUUUAAUAAUAGUAUUGGGACUUAUCAUAUGUUAUUAUCAACCUUAACGGAAUCUCAAGAAGAUUCUGCUUCAAUUAAGGAUUUCUUGGAAUCUUCUAAUAAAGAGAUCCAUGAUAGAUCGGAUUUAUUAAAGGAUUUAAAUCAAACUUCUAUAAGGUAUGCUGGAAUGAUUGAUAUUUUGGAUGCAAUUGCUGAAUUAAAUAGUAUACCUGAAAAGAUUGAACAGUUGGUUAUAGAUAAGAAGAUUCAUGAAGUUUAUGAUGUGAUUUCUGAUGGAUAUAAACUUGCUGAAAAAUAUAAUCUUUGGUCAUUACCUGCCAUGAAUGGAAUUCAAAGUUAUUUGGAAUUACAAUCGAAUAAAUUGUUUGAUAUGAUUAUUGAUGAAUUACAAAAUGAAAUAUACUUAAAGAAUACUAGAGGGAAUGCUGAUAAUUCUCCUAAACAGACAAUAUUUGCUUGGACAAAUAUGCUUCAUUCAAAAACUCCACAAUUAAGUUCUUUUUCGUCCUUAAUAAAUCUGAAAAAUUUAGAACAAUAUGUUAAUAAUUCAGCAAAUUUAGACAUGACUGAAAUUGUUGAUUUUAUGACUCAACCAAUUGAAAACUUUUUAAUGAAUCAAUUACCUGAAUUACAUACUCAUAUGGUUUCGAAUGAAAGUAUUAUAGAUUAUAAAGUUUUACUUGAAUCAAAACUGAAUCCCAGCACAGAAUCAUUCCAUUAUAUAUAUAUGUUAUUAAUCACAGCAUCCAAAUUAAGUAGAUUGCAUCAAGUUACAGAAAUCCUUCUAGAUACAAAUCAACUGGAACUUCAUGGAUUAAUAAACAGAACCACAGAAGAAAUCAAACUGCAAAAUGCCCGUGCAUUGUCCAAAUUAUCAAAAGUCCCAGCUACAGGGCACAUUCAAGAUCAAACACUAUUCGAAAUUACCGGCCAUAAUGGAUUUAAUGAUGCCGCUGUGGUAGUGUUACAAGAUCUAUUUGGGUCUAUUUUCAUUAAAUGCUUAGCUGUAUUCCAUAGACAUAAAGCAGUUUCCGAGAUUGUUAAAUUGAUAGAAGCUGGUCAAAAUUUAGCUACCACAAGAGCAGUUAAAACCACACCAGGGUAUAAAGCCGUCGAUGUUUCAUAUAAUCAUUUAGUAAAUAUUUGGAAUAUAAUCAAGAAAGAAUUGAAAUCAUCAAUGUUGAGCUAUAUAUAUGAUGAAGCUGCAUUUAAAUCAGAAGGGCUUAAUGAAGCAACUAGGAUAAAAGAUCAAAGCAAAAUCUACAAUGCCAUGAAGAAAACUACCAAACUAUUCAAAUUUGAGAAUGUUUCAUAUAAUGCUAAAAAACCACAAGAUGAUUUGGCCGGCAUAUUAACCGAUAUCUUCCCUGGAUUUAAUGUUUCGGAUGAAAAUGGUAAAAGCGCAAUCAUCGAUUCAAGUUCUCCAUAUAUCCAAAGUGAAUCAUUUAAUGCCAUGAUUGAAGUAUUAGUACCCAAGAAUUUAUUCAAUAUGAGAAUAAUCUUAGAAUUCUUUUUAAUUUUCAUUGAAGGUUCACAGAGAGUAUUCCUUGAUUUUAAUACUGAACACGAAAAGAAAGAUGGUAAUAUACCUCCUCAUAUUAAAGCUGCAUUCCAAUUUUUUGAUGAUUUUAUGAAAAUUUCAUUCUUGUCGCAUUUACGUGAAAGUAUAGAAAUGGCAUUUGGAGAACAAGUUGGGGGAUCAUAUACUUCCAGAUCCGAUACUGAUAGAUCUAUUCAUGCUUCCGGAUUGAAAUUGGAUUUAAUUUCCUUAAAUCAAGAUUUCAGUACUGAUGUUACUGUGAUUGCCAAUGUUCAAACUCAAAAUCCAACAGAUUCUUCUACCAAUUUAGUGAUUUAUGAAAAUGCUUUUAAUUUUAAGAAAUUAUUUAUGGAAUUAUGUUUGAUGUUGAAUACUUCAUUGACUUAUCGUGAGGAUUAUUGUGAUCUAACAUUACGUGUUUUGGAAAAUUUCGCAAAAGAAUAUAAUAAUCUCUAUGAAGAAUUAUUAUCAACUGGUGAUUCAACAAUCUCAAGCGGUAAUCAAUCAGCACGUCCAGUGUCACAAAUUAGUAAAUGGAUGAAAAUAUCGGCAUUAUCUGAAGUCAGUGGUAGGAUUCUUCAAAGUAAUGCCUCGGGAAAUACAGCAGGUUUAAUGGAUUUGAUUGAAUCUGAAUCACAAGUGAUCUUAUUCGAUAAUAAUAAUCAAGUCUAUUCUAUAACUAAAGAUGAUUUAUUAGAUUCCGAAGCAUAUUCUCAAGUUGUCCACUUGUUAUUAACUACAUCUUGGAUUUUAUCCUGGUUGCCAUUAAUCAAAAAAGAAUCAAAUUAUAGUGUAGUCUAUGAAAGUGAUGGCGAUGAUGCAACAACUCAUGCUGUGGAUAAAUUAAGAUACAAUUGGUCAUUUUUAGAAAAUGGAAGACCAACAAUCAAUUUUUCGGCAAAUAGUUCAGAUAUUCUUCAACACAAUGUUUAUUUAGCUUUGAAUUCUGCAAAAUGUACCCAAUUUGAUCAAAUCAUUCAAACUUUUGGUACUAUUAGAGAUAGAGCAUUGUUGGCAUUGAGAUAUGAUUUAAGAUGUAAAGCCAUCUAUUAUGUUUCUAAUUCAUUUAAAUUGGUAGAUUGGAUGCCCAUUUCAGAACCUGGGGAUGCCGAUCAUUAUAUUGGGUUAUUUAAUCAAGAAGUAUUCGCCGUGGAUAAUAAAUUAUCGAAAACAUUAAGUGAUGUGGAACGUGAAAGUAUUUUCGUUGGAUUGACGAGAUUCUUAAAUGAUUUAAUUAUUCAAGGUUCUUCAAAAAUAAAGAAAAUCAAUAGUAAUGGGAUCAAGAGAAUAUUGUUGAAUAUUUAUACUUUACAACAAAUGUUAAGAAGCUUGGCUAAAUCUCCUGCAUCGAUUGAUUUUACUAAAGCUUCAAUAUAUUUUGAAAUGUUUACCUUGAAUGAAUUCACUUUUACUAAUAGAGUGAAAUCCAAUGAUCACAACUAUACUAAAUCGGCAUUCAACAAUAUGGCUAGAAUGAUCUAUAGUGAGAAAUUGGCAGACGGUACUGGUAGUUCCUUUAAUAAAGGAAAGUAUGCAGAUUUAUUAAAGAAGAUUGAUGAAAUCAUGCAAUGA